AUGGCCGCUACAACCAUCUCAACCAACAUGGCCGCUGUCAAUGCCCCCAUGGCCCUCGAGUUGGGUGACAACCCUGCCAAGCCGGGCGACGACGCUGUCGUUCGUGAAACCUCCAAGAUCAACUCCACGAAUUCGGGCUCCAAAAAACAAGACACCAAGAUCCUGCGCGCCACCAAGGCACAGCGCGUCACCAAGGCCCAGAAUACCACCAAGCUCGAGCACAAAAUUGCCAAGCGCCGCUCUCGAUACCUUGAGGCCCUUGAGGCCUUCGAGGCCCUCAUAACUACCCCUCCCAGCUCCGACGUCUCUGACUCCGAGAUUUCAACCACCAAGGCCCAGCGUACUAUUGCCGAGCGCCGCUCUCGGUACCUUGAGGCCCUUGAGGAAUGGGCCUUCCCAUUUACCCCUCCCAGCUCCGACGUGUCUGACUCUGACGACGAGCUGUCAACCACCAAGCUGGAGGACGAGACCAGGGCCACAACCACCACGACGGCCACAACCACCCCCGGCACCGGCGACCUUGCCCAGGUGACACCGUGCACCCCCCCUCCCGAGGACGUCAAGUUCCUCGUCAACCCCAAGAUCAUUCUCCACGGAGAGACUUUUCGUUGGAACAAGGUCGGCGACGGCAUCUACCAGAAGACCGAUGUGCUCAAGAAACCCAAGAUCAUCCUCCACACCGCGACCUUCCGCUGGCAGAAGCUCAGCAAUGGCACCUACAUGAAGGUCAACCGGGUCUAG